GUAUAUUUGCGUAACUUAAGCGUUCAAACAUCUACCUCUUCUCUUACUCUCCUGAUAUAGAAGUAGCUUCUGCUUCUUUUACUUCCACUGGAGCACUAACACUGUAACCUCUUCUACAACUAACAGAGAUCUACUCUAGAGGUUCUAGUUGAAGUGCUCCAAUUACUUUUCUUUUCAGGGGAUUGUCCUAGCUAUAUCAUGGGCUCAAAGCAUAACCCUCCUGGUAGCAGAUCGCGAGGUCCUCUGUCAAUAUUUAUCGUGUUUUGUUUGUGCUGUUUCUUUUAUGUCUUGGGAGCAUGGCAGAAGAGUGGUUUUGGAAAAGGAGAUAGCAUAGCCUUUCAGGUGACCAAGCAGACAGAUUGCAAGAUCUUUCCUGAUCUCAACUUUGAACCACGUCACAAUACUGUUGAGAUUAUUGAACCAUCUAAGCCUAAAACUGUAGUAUUCAAGCCAUGUGAUGUUAAAUAUACUGAUUAUACUCCAUGUCAAGAACAAGACCGAGCAAUGAAAUUUCCACGGGAAAAUAUGAUAUACAGAGAAAGACAUUGCCCACCAGAAGAAGAAAAAUUGCAUUGUCUUAUUCCAGCACCAAAAGGGUAUAUGACUCCAUUUCCAUGGCCAAAAGGCCGUGACUAUGUCCAUUAUGCUAAUGUUCCAUAUAAAAGUUUGACUGUGGAGAAGGCUGUUCAGAAUUGGGUGCAGUUUCAGGGUAAUGUGUUCAAAUUUCCAGGAGGAGGAACCAUGUUCCCUCAAGGUGCAGAUAAAUACAUUGAUGAACUUGCAUCAGUGAUCCCAAUUGCAGAUGGCUCCGUCAGAACUGCUCUCGAUACAGGCUGUGGGGUUGCAAGCUGGGGUGCAUACCUAAUGAAGAGAAAUGUAUUAGCCAUGUCCUUUGCACCACGGGACAAUCACGAAGCACAGAUACAAUUUGCAUUGGAGCGGGGAGUUCCUGCAAUUAUUGGGGUUCUUGGAUCAAUACGUCUUCCAUACCCAUCAAGAGCUUUUGAUAUGGCUCAAUGCUCUCGAUGUCUAAUACCAUGGACCUCGAAUGAAGGUAUGUACCUAAUGGAAGUUGAUAGAGUACUCAGGCCUGGAGGAUACUGGAUUCUGUCUGGCCCUCCAAUUAAUUGGAAGACCUACUAUCAGACCUGGAAACGGUCUAAGAGCGAUCUACAGGCUGAGCAAAAUAAGAUUGAAGAGAUUGCAGAAAGCCUUUGCUGGGAGAAAAAAUAUGAGAAAGGAGAUAUUGCUAUUUGGAGAAAACGGGUUAAUGACAAAAACUGCCAAAGAAAGUUUACAAGUAUAUGCAAAUCAAAUGACGCUGAUGAUGUCUGGUACAAGGAAAUGGAAACGUGUAUAACCCCUUUCCCUGAGGUAAACAAUGCAAAAGAAGUAGCAGGUGGGGAGUUAAAGAAGUUUCCAGAAAGGCUUUUUGCAGUGCCUCCUCGAAUAGCUAACGGACUGGUUGAUGGUGUCACAACUGAAUCUUAUCAAGAAGAUAAUCAACUUUGGAAAAAGCAUGUAAAAGAAUAUAAAAGGAUCAACAGAUUGAUUGGCACAACAAGAUAUCGGAAUGUGAUGGAUAUGAAUGCUGGACUUGGGGGAUUUGCAGCAGCACUUGAAUCACCAAAAUCUUGGGUGAUGAAUGUUGUGCCUACAGUUGCCAAGAACACUUUAGGUGUUAUUUAUGAGAGAGGUUUAGUUGGCAUUUAUCAUGACUGGUGUGAAGGAUUCUCAACAUACCCAAGGACAUAUGAUCUCAUCCAUGCCAAUGGUGUAUUUAGCUUGUAUCAGAACAGGUGUAAGUUUGAGGACAUCCUUCUGGAAAUGGAUCGCAUUUUGCGUCCAGAAGGGUCAGUAAUAUUCAGAGACGGGGUUGAUGUUCUCAAUGAAGUUAAGAAAAUUGCAGGAGGCAUGAGAUGGGAUAUAAAACUGAUGGAUCACGAGGAUGGGCCGCUUGUUCCAGAGAAGAUUUUGGUUGCUGUCAAACAGUAUUGGGUUGGCGGCGCGGGAAACAGCACGUCAAGUGAUGACUAAACUGUAAGUCAUUGUCUUGGAAGCAAAAAAUAACGCAAAUUAUGUAACAGUGACCAAGUAAUUAAGACGCCUUUGAACGGAAUGGGAUUGAAGGGCUCUGAUGCUUGGAGUCAGUAAGUGUAAGUUAUCAAAACGCAUUCUUAGCAAUGAGGAGGAAGUGUCCGCACUACCCAAGCUACAAAAUAUUGGAUGUGAAUUUGGAGGGUACAAAAUUUGUAUUGCAUGCUAUUGGCAAAAUAAUUAGGUCAGUUUUGAAGAUUGUUAUAGUAAUAACAAGAACUUUGUCACUUUCAAUGAAGAUUGUGUUUGGUUAAUUUACCACAUAGCCAAUGUUUUAAGAAUUGUUUAUUAAUUUAUUUGAAACAUUGAUUGUUCA